AUGGCAGCUUUCAACCUUACCCCCUCUAACCCGUCCACAUUCAUCCUAUUGGGCGUCCCUGGCCUGCAAGAUGCCCACGUCUGGAUUUCCAUCCCCUUCUCCAUGUUCUACAUUAGCAGCCUGUUGGGAAAUCUCAUGCUUCUGUUUGUCAUAGGCAAAGAGCAGACCCUGCACCAGCCAAUGUACCUGCUGCUCUGCCUGCUGGCGCUCACCGACAUCGCCACCUCCACUUCCCUCAUACCGAAGGCCCUCUGUAUAUUUUGGUUCAACUCGCAAGACAUUACUGUGGGUGGCUGCCUCACCCAGAUGUUCCUCAUUAAUGUGGGUGCGUCAAUGCAUUCAGCCAUUCUUGUGACAAUGGCCUUCGACCGCUAUGUUGCCAUAUGCAACCCCUUGAGAUAUACCACCAUCCUCACCAAUGCCCGGAUAGCUAAGCUGGGGUUAGUGUGUUUGCUAAGAGCUAUCCUCUUAAUUUUGCCCCUGCCCCUGCUCCUGAGCCAACAGCCAUUCUGUGCCAACCGCAUUAUCCCCCAUACGUACUGUGACCACAUCGUUGUCGCAAAGAUGUCAUGUGGGGACACCACAGUGAGCAGUAUGUACGCUUUGGUGACAGUGAUUGUAAUCAUGGGGUCAGACCUGACGCUUAUCGCCCUGUCCUACAGAUUCAUCGUCAGAGCCGUCCUCAGAAUCUCCUCCAAGAAAGCCCACCAGAAAGCCUUCAACACCUGCACGGCCCACCUUUGUGUGAUACUCAUUUCUUAUCCUAUUUUCCUCUUCUCCAGUCUCACACACCGGUUCGGUCAGGCUAUUGCACCCCACGUUCACAUUAUCUUGGCCAACCUCUAUUACCUACUGCCCCCCGUGCUCAACCCCAUCGUUUAUGGGAUCAAAACCAAAGAGCUCCGUGAGAAAGUGGAAAAAUAUAUCUCCAGCCUGUCCUCACCUGGGGUCACUAAUGUUAAAUCUGCAUGA